UUAAGGAAGAACCAGUUGGGAGAGCCAGUUAAGGGAGAACCAGUUAAGGGAGAACCAGUUAAGGGUGAACCAGUUAAGGGUGAACCAGUUAAGGGAGAACCAGUUAAGGGUGAACCAGUUAAGGGAGAACCGGUUAAGGGUGAACCAGUUAAGGGAGAACCAGUUAAGGGUGAACCAGUUAAGGGAGAACCAGUUAAGGGAGAACCAGUUAAGGGAGAACCAGUUAAGGGUGAACCAGUUAAGGGAGAACCGGUUAAGGGAGAACCAGUUAAGGGAGAACCAGUUAAGGGUGAACCAGUUAAGGGUGAACUAGUUAAGGGUGAACCAGUUAAGGGAGAACCAGUUAAGGGUGAACCAGUUAAGGGUGAACCAGUUAAGGGAGAACCAGUUAAGGGUGAACCAGUUAAGGGAGAACCGGUUAAGGGUGAACCAGUUAAGGGAGAACCAGUUAAGGGUGAACCAGUUAAGGGAGAACCAGUUAAGGGAGAACCAGUUAAGGGAGAACCAGUUAAGGGUGAACCAGUUAAGGGAGAACCGGUUAAGGGAGAACCAGUUAAGGGAGAACCAGUUAAGGGUGAACCAGUUAAGGGUGAACUAGUUAAGGGUGAACCAGUUAAGGGAGAACCAGUUAAGGGUGAACCAGUUAAGGGUGAACCAGUUAAGGGAGAACCAGUUAAGGGAGAACCGGUUAAGGGUGAACCAGUUAAGGGUGAACCAGUUAAGGGAGAACCGGUUAAGGGAGUCUACCUUUAG